CAGAUUGCAACAAUUGCAGUAAGAUAAAAAAAAUUCAAUCUCUCUUAUAUGCUUCUCCUCCAUCGAUGCAAAAGUCUUAUCCUAGUUUUGGACUUGUGCAGUUGGCCACGCACAAGAACGCAGUGGGCAUUGCAGUUGGCGCAACAAUAGGCCACACCAUCUGCACAUCAGUAGCAGUUAUAGGAGGGAGCAUGCUGGCUUCCAAGAUCUCGCAGAAGACGGUUUCCACGAUCGGAGGCUUGCUCUUCCUGGGUUUCUCCUUGUCGUCGUAUUUCUACCCACCUCUAUAGCUGCACGCUAACCCUCCAUUCUUUUCCCUCGGUGGAGCAAAUACAACAUCAGACAUCUUUCGCCUGCAAUUUUCCCCUCCUCCGUUCUCUACUUCCUCAUUCCUUACUAAAUAGUCUCGCUGUGACAACUCCAAGCGAUUUGUAAUUAAGUGAAAAAUGCAGAAGAAGCAGCCUAAGCUGAUAAGCUCUUUACAUUCUACUUUGGUUCAUGACCACAACAUGCUCUAUACAAAAUACAAAAGUUAAGCAUGGUUAUCAUCUAAUACCCUGCAUUCCUAAGUCAAUACUACUUCGAUGGCACCCGCCUUUAUGCACACAAAGUAGUACAAAAUAUGAAGAUUGGGGUCUGCUGACAAGACCAAAAGCAGCAAAAUACAUCAUCCAGUUGCUCUCCUCCUAAGAUCAUGUAUAAGAUUACAACAAAUUCACAGUUUCUUCAUCUACGAAUCAAGUCAAUUCCCCAUGUUUACAGAAUGCUGCGAAUGAGAGCAGCAUCGAUUCAACAACCUGAGCAAAGCAUCAGCCUUCCGCCGCGCCUUCAACGAUCCAUCGCUCGACAAGCUCUGCAGACAAGGAAUGCUUCUAGGGUUCAUUAGCAGCCUUCUGGCCACUUCUUCACCACCAUCUUUACACAAUCCCAGCAGCAGGGUAAUUCUUCUGGACUUGGUGAAAACGGGGAGGAAGGUGGAGAUUCGGGGCACUCCUCUGUUCAUGGCGCCGGAGUCGAUAAACAAUAAUGUCUACAAGCCGCCGCGCAAUAUCUCGGAUCUGGGUUGCGCCGUCAUCGAGAUGUUGACCCGCACUUGGAUCUGCAAGUCGGCGGCGACGACCCUCGCCCGCCCAUCCUCUUCUUGUUGAUGAAUCAGUGGAACCUCAACAAUUCCUUCACCGACGACGGCGGGGAAGAAGCAGGGACGACGGGGAAAAAGCUGGGCAGCAGGGAAGAAGGGAGCAGCGGGGAAGAAGGGUCUCGAUGGGUGAAGGAAGAUGAGGUCUGCUGCGGGAUUAAAGCGAACUUAAAUUU